UUCAUUCACAUGAUCAUUUCAAUUCUUCUGUUUCUUGGAAUAAGAAAAGAAGAAAAAGAAAAAGUCAAUUCUUCAAUUCUUGUGCAGACGGAGGAACGGAGCUGUCAAACUAAACUAAACCAAAGAGAAGAGCAGGGCAAAGCAAGAGGCAGCCAGCGAGUCGUCUUCAAGCAACGGAUUCCAUCCAUCAAUCCAUCCAUCGAUCGCCACCGGAGAGCCAGCAACAGAGCAAUCGACCGAGCGAGCGCGAGGAUGUGCUGCCUGGUGAAGUGCGGCAAGUCCACGUGGGCGGGGUGCGGCCGCCACGUCGCCUCCGUCCACCGGCAGAUCCCCGAGGGCCAGCACUGCGCCUGCCGCGACUGGCCGGGCGUCUCCGCCGGCGGCGACAAGGCCGCCGGCUCCACCUCCGGCGCCGUCGAGGAGUCCUCCACCUGCGCUAUCCUGUGAUGUAAGGUACGGGCCGGGCCGUGGUCGGCGAAUCAGCAUCGGCCGUUCGUUGACUUCCUCGCCGAUCCAAAGCCGUGGUGCAUCGCCUACACUCGUGUCAGUGUGCGGCAUCUCGUUGUAAUCUGUAUCCUGUAAUAAUAAUUCUGGGUUGGAACUAAGAAACGAUGGCAAGUCA